AUGGGCAAAUCAAAGAAAUCCAGAGCCGGUCACCGCAGCGAUCCCGUUGCCAAAACCGUCAAGCCUCCUUCAGAUCCUGAAUUGGCCGCCCUCAGAGAGAGCAAGAUUCUCCCCAUCAUCAACAACCUCAAAAGCGCCGACCCAAAGUCUCGUUCUACGGCCGCGUCUGUCAUUUCCAGCAUCAUCCAGGACACCAAGUGCCGCAAAUUGCUGCUCCGAGAGCAGAUCGUCUACACGGUUCUCACACAGACUCUGACAGACGCCGCGCUUGAGAGCCGAGCCGCUGGAUGGGGGAUCUUGCAGGUGCUUGCUCAGGAGGAAGAGGCCGACUUUUGCGUUCAUCUCUACCGACAGGAUGUGCUGACGGCCAUUGAAUUCGCUUCAAAACUGAUACAAGAUAAGGUUCUCUCAAAAGAGGCUCCCUUUGCAAAACUACCCAAAGCGGAAAAGGGCUUUAUUUCAAGCAUUGCGGCGUCUCUCGUCUCACUACUAAUGGCCCUGGCUGAGGCGGAAGAAGAGAUUCUGGAAUCAAUCUCCAAUAACAACCCCAUCACUAGCCUACUCUUCUCGCUCAUCACAUAUACCUCUCAGGACGAUGAAGACCCUAUAUCAGCCAUCCGUGGAGACGCCAUGGCUUGUCUUAUGGUUUUAACCGAGGACAACACGAACCUAGCAAAAUACAUCACAAGCACACCCGGCAGCAUCGCUUGCUACGAGACACUGGUAUCCCUAAAGGACGAGGUCAGCGGCGAUGGCGUCUUGGCCUGCACCGUCCUUCACAACAUUUACGCCUCUCUUCUCGAAGUGAAGAACCUAUCGCCAAAGAUCGAUGUGGCUGACGACGCAGAUCUGAUCUCAACGCUCACCAAGGCCAUGGCUGGCUUUGUUCCCGGCCAGAGCGAGGCCAACGGCAGCGGCUGCCUCCAACCAACCGACGACCUCUCCCUCAAGAUCCAAGGCCACGCCCUCUCCGCCCUCAACAACAUCGCCUGGUCUGUCUCACUUAUCGACUUCUCCGAAGACUCCAACAAUGAUGUGCUCGGCGCCUGGACCCCCGUCGCCCGCGCCCUCUGGCAGCAAGUCGUCUCCCCCAUCCUCGCCUCCGACACCGCCGACGUCGAUCUCGCCACGCAAGUCACCAGCAUCGCCUGGGCCGUUGCCCGCGCCCUUCAUGGCGAGACGCCCCUCCAGCCCAACGAGCACCGCAAGUUUGUGUCCCUCUACCAGGCCACCAAGGGAGCGCCUGCGCUGCAGGACCCCGAGGAUCCCUUCCAGGCGCUUGGCGUCAAGUGCGUCGGUGUCCUUGGUCAGCUGGCGCUGAAUCCAGCGCCCGUGGACCUUAACCGCGAGAUCGGAACUUUCCUAGUUACUCUUGUUGCGGGCCUUCCUGGAACUCCUACUGCGGAUGCUGUUGAGGCGUUCAAUCAGGUUUUUGACAUUUACGGAAACGAGGAGUAUGCGUAUGAUGCAGAAGUUUUCUGGAGGAGCGACUUCUUGAAGCAUCUUGAAGGAACAAUGUCGAAGGCAAAGGCGAUGGCCAAGAGCGUCAAUAAGAGCCAGCAACCAGAGCUGAGAGACAGGGCAGACGAAGUUGUCAUGAACUUGACGAGAUUCUUGUCAUAUAAGAAGAAGCACAAGCCGGUGCAAAUGACAGUAAGAGAGAGGAGUUAA